AUGGAAGAUCGUGAUUUUGUUGUUGGCCAGGAGUUUCCAGACGUUAAGGCCUUCCGCAAUGCAAUCAAAGAGGCUGCCAUUGCACAACAUUUUGAGCUUCGGAUAGUUAAAAGCGAUCUCAUCCGGUACAUAGCUAAAUGUGCUGCUGAAGGCUGUCCAUGGCGAAUACGUGCAGUGAAGCUUCCAAAUGCUCCAACUUUCACGAUAAGAAGUCUAGAUGGAACGCACACUUGUGGGAAGAACGCACAUGCUGGGCAUCAUCAGGCUUCUGUAGACUGGAUCGUCAACUUCAUAGAGGAACGGUUGCGUGACAACAUAAAUUACAAGCCAAAGGAUAUCUUGCACGAUGUAUAUGAGCAAUACGGGAUAACUAUACCCUACAAGCAGGCCUGGCGUGCCAAGGAGCGUGGACUGCAAGCCAUAUACGGCUCUUCUGAAGAAGGGUAUUACCUCCUUCCUGUGUACUGUGAGCAAAUCAGGAAGAACAAUCCGGGAAGUGUUGCUGAGGUGUUUACUGCUGGUUCUGACAACCGGUUUCAACGUGUUUUUAUUUCCUUUUAUGCUUCGAUAAAGGGGUUUCUCGAGGGUUGCCUCCCAAUCAUUGGGCUUGGUGGCUUUCCACUUAAAAGUAAAUAUCUUGGCACUUUACUUUCAGCAACUUCCUUUGAUGCUGAUGGUGGAUUAUUUCCGCUUGCCUUUGGUGUUGUUGAUGUAGAGAACGAUGAAAGUUGGAUGUGGUUCUUGUCGGAACUACAUAAGGCCUUUGAGAUGCAUACAGAGAUCAUACCGCAUCUCACCUUCUUAUCCAAAUGGCAGAAAGGUGUUGGGGAUGCUGUAAAAAGGAAGUUCCCGACUUGUUGUCAUGCCAUAUGUAUGAAACACUUGAGCGAAAGCAUUGUUAGAGAAUUCAAGAACCCUCGGCUUGUCCAGCUGCUGUGGAAAGCAGCAUAUGCUACUACUGCUUCUGCGUUCAAGGAAAAAAUGGUAGAACUCGAGGAGGUCUCAGCAGAAGCAACGAAAUGGCUACAACAAUACCCACCUUCUCGUUGGGCAUUGAUAUAUUUUGAGGGAUCUCGGUAUGGGCAUCUCUCAUCAAAUGUCGAGGAAUUCAAUCAAUGGAUUCUUGAAACUCGGGACCUGCCAGUGACUCAGGUGAUUGAACAGAUCCACUGUAAAUUGAUAAUGGAGUUUCAGGAGAGGCGUGCAAGGUGCAAGUCGUGGUUCUCCAUACUCGCUCCAUCUGCAGAGAAGCACAUGAUUGAGGCCAUGAACCGUGCUUCCACCUAUCAAGUUCUUCGGUCAGAUGAGGUGGAGUUUGAGGUCCUCUCAGCCGAGCGUUCUGACAUUGUGAACAUCAGAACGUAUUCGUGUUCUUGUCGUGAUUGGCAGCUCAAUGGAUUACCAUGCUCGCAUGCUGUUGCUGCCCUCAUCUCCUCCAAGAACCAUAUAUAUGCUUUCACAUCAAAGUACUUCACUGUGGCUAGUUACACUGCUGCAUAUGCUGAAGAGAUACAUCCUAUGCCUGGUAAGAUUGAGUGGAAGAAGGAUGGUGAGAGCGAGACUGCCAUGGACGAUGAAAUGAGGACUGUACGGCCUCCUAAGGUUAGACGGCCCCCUGGACGCCCUGAGAAGAAGCGAAUGUGUGUAGAGGAUCUUAAUCGGGAGAAGCAUACCGUCCACUGUAGUCGAUGCAAUCAGACCGGGCAUUAUAAGUCGACCUGCAAAUCGGACGUUUGUAAGAGUAUACAACAAAUCUAGGUGUCUCAGUUUUGUAAUUUUGGUCAAAAAUAGGUGUAAGCUGAUCCUGCCUGGUGGUGUUCUCCCCUCUUCUCUCUACAAAACCGUAAAUGUCUUGUAAAAUAGGAUUCUUCUUGUACUUCAAAUGUGUCUAGACCAUAAAAGAUGUAUUCUUUGUACAUUCUUACUCUUUGAAAAUUGAUACUUUAUUCAA